AUGCCAGAAAUUAUUCCUGGGGAGCAAGGUGUCAUAGAGGUCGCUCGACACCCGGAUGCAUUUACAGUCGUGACGGGCAUAGUAGGGUGUGCAGGACUAAAGCCUACAGUUGCAGCAAUUGAAGCUGGGAAAGACAUAGCAUUGGCGAACCAAGAGACGAGCGCGCCGAGGGCGAUGACCGCUACCCUGCUCCUCUCCCGGCAAAGGCACGUCUACCUCUCCCGUGAAGGUUUUGUUUCCUGCAACCUCUGUUUACAUUACAACUUCGAAAUAGAUAGGAUGUGGUCUGAUUGCAGUUAUGAUUUAGCACUGAUUGUGUGGGUUGAUUACAUCUGGUCAUUACAUUCUUCGGGAGGAGACCUUGUGUUGAGCAUGACACCCAGUCUGGCCAGCCUUGCAACUGCCAGCAACCCGAUUCAUCGACUGUAUGUUGAUCCAAGCAAUGGUCUUUGUUAUGAGGAGCCUGACUGCACCGAAUAUGAUGAGUUUCCUGGCUACUAUCCAUCUGACCAUGAGGACAACAGUAGUAAUUGCUUAUCUGAGCUUGAGCUGUGA